AAUAGUUUUCAGAGAUUAAUUCAAAAUGAGUCUUGUCAGAUCUUUAUUACGGAGGAUAUACGGAAGACGUAAAUCACUCAUUAAAUGGCUUCAGAAACACAGGCUCCUGCUCAGAAAAAAGAAAUGUAGGUUAUGCAGAAAGAGGAUGAGUCUUCAAAAAACUAACACAACAAAAGAUGGAUAUCGAUGGAUAUGUAGACGAAAUCGCCACAAGGACGUGUCACUCUCCAUACGUCACGGCUCUGUUUUCAGCAAAAGUCAUGUUUCUCUUUCUUCCUAUAUGGAGUUCAUUCACAGAUUUGCUCAAGGAUUACGUCUCCGUCAGGUGGAUAUGCUUGAAGAGGGUCUGUGUGGCAGUAGUGCAACAUUUACAAAAAUGACUAAAAAACUCAAGGCAGUAUGUGUUAAAUCAAUCAAAAAAAUGGAAAGAGAGCGGAGGAUCAGAAUCGGUGGAGCAAGAGCAUUUGUGGUCCUGGAUGAAAGCAAGUUUUGCCACAAACGGAAGUAUGCACGUGGGCGUUUUGGCAACACAUGGCGAAGAAAAGCAUGGGUUUUCGGUAUGAUUGAAGUCAAAAGAAAGCAAAGGAGACCUGUGCUGAAAGUGGUAAAACGAAGAACAGCAAGAAAAUUAAUUCCCAUUAUUAGGAAGCACGUGCGUCAAGGUAGCACUCUGCUCAGUGAUGACUGGCCAGCUUAUAGAAGACUUUCUCAGCAUGGCUUUAUUCAUUAUCAGGUCAAUCACAGUCGUUUUUUUGUACAUCCACAAACAGGAGCUCAUACACAACAUAUAGAACGUGCAUGGAGAACCUACAAAAAUGAGGUAUACCGUUACAGGGGGAACAUGACUCUACAAACACUGAAAGAUCAACUAGCCUUCAUUGAAUGGCAAUAUUGGAGGGGAAAACUACAUCCCAGAGGUAUUCUUGGAUGUUUGCUUGAGGACAUUGCUGCUAUAUACAGGGUGUAGCACAAUGACUUUAUUAACUCUACAGGAAUAUGUGGAUACAAACCCAGAAGUCAUAAAUAAAGUCACUGAACUAAAACGUAAGACAAUUAUUUGACCCAGUAGUAUAAGCUGUUGCCAAAAUAAAAUUUCUGCAGUUUUCAAGAUGGUAAAAUAGUAUUUUCGAAAAUCGUUUGUUCUCAGGUUAAGGCUGUUAAAAAAAUGGGAAUGUUCAAUAUGUUAAAAAAAAAUAACAGUAUGUCAUUGCUGUUUCUAAAUGCAUUGUUUAACAAA